GGGAAACGAAGCCUACUCUUCCCUAUCCUUGAAUAACUCUAUUCCUAUUCCGCCACCAUAGCUCCUCACCACAUUCCAAAGAAUUUGUUCUGCUUCGCUUAAUUGUCCGUUUGGUUGCCGAGAAAAUCAUAGAAAGAAAAGUCUGUGUUUGUGUUGUUUUUCUGGCUUUUUCUCUGAAAGGGAGCAUUAGGGGCUCAUCAUUGUUAGAUUAAAUUAUUGUGAAAUUAGGCAAAUUUUGGGUUUCUGGUGUUGGAAAUUUCUGUAUUUUUUAUGUUAGAAAGCAUUUAAACAUAAUGAUUUUGAUCACUUCGAGUUUCAUUCUCAAAUUUUCCAAAUUUUCAUGGAAAGCAAGGAUUUGAACGUUAUGACAGCAUUUGCCGAUUAUUGCAGUUUCAUGGAAAGCAGAAAUCAUAUGCUCAUGGGUUUACAAUAAGUUAGGGGAUUGGGGGAUUGGACCUUAUUAUGUAGUAGUUAAGGUUGCAAUUGGAUGGCUUUUUUUUAUUUUUUUUUCUCUCUUUUCUUUGGUGCUCUUGGCUGUGAAUGUUGUUUGUUGGCUUAGCAAUGAGCACUGAUGCUGACAUUUAUUGGUAGUGACUAUAGUUUUGUUGCCAAUAGUUAUGAAGAGGGAGAAGAUGUGCAUUGUUUUGAAGGGGUGAUUGAUGAGGUUACAUUUUUGUUUAAGAAUCUGCAAAGAAGAGAAUGGAUGGUGAUUCUUCUAGUGGUAGUGAGUCUGUUAGGGCCAAUUGGACACCACCGCAAGACCACUUCUUUAUUGGUCUUUUGAUAGAGCAUGUUCACAAGGGGAACAAAAUUGGUAAUGCAUUUAAACAACAAGCAUGGGCAGAUAUGAUAACACAAUUCAAUUCCAAGUUUGGAUUUAAGUAUGAUGUAGAUGUUCUAAAAAAUCGAUUCAAAUGGAUGAGGAAGCAGUACAAUAAGAUAAAGAUUCUAGUUGAUCAGAAUGGGUUUAAGUGGAAUGAAAAAAUGCAGAUGGUAAUGGCUGAUGAGAAGACAUGGGAUGAAUAUAUAAAGGCCCACCCAAAGAUGCUACCAUACAGAGCAAGAGUUUUGCCAUAUUAUGAACAAUGGGGCAUAAUAUGUGGUCAUUAUGUUGCUGAUGGGAGAUACAGUCUUUCAUGUUUUGAUGUGGAUUUUGAGAAUGAAGACAAAGGAAUGGACGAUCAGGCUCGAAGCAAUACUGAUCAUGCAAAAAUUGAUUGGUCACAGUCAAUGGAUCAAUAUUUCCUCCAACUUAUGCUAGACCAGCUGCAUAAAGGGAAUAAAGUUGGAUGCACAUUCACAAAGAAAGCAUGGAUACGCAUGAUCACAUUGUUUAAUGCUUACUUUGGAUUUCAACAUAGCAGGGGUGUCUUGAAGAAUCGUUAUAAGGUCCUAAGGAGCCAGUAUACAAGCAUCAAGAUUCUUCUUAACCAGAAGGGGUUUCGCUGGGAUGGAACAGAAAAAAUGGUUUUAGCUGAUGAUCAUGUCUGGAAUAAAUAUAUAAAGGAACAUCCUGAAUUCCAAAGAUUCAAAAACAAAACAAUCCCUUGUUAUGAUGACAUGUCUGUCAUAUGUUGCAAUGAAGCUUCUUUGAAAAAAAGAAGUUAUAGCAAGAUGAGUUCCAAGAAUGGAACCCCCCAGGAGGAUAUUAAGGGACAAGCUAAUGUGGUUAAUAAGGCACAUGACGAAGCACUAGGUCUGCGUGGUGAUAAGAAUUUGCCCACCACCAAGACGCCAAGAACUUCGCAGCUGCCUGAAAGGGCUAGAGGAGAAGAUGAUGGCCUGUUUAUUGCUAUGCAAGAGAUGGAAGUGGCAGUUAUAUCACUAACAAAGAAGAAAGCAAGCAACAUAGUAUCAAUGGAGAGAGUGAUUAAGGAACUCCAGGCGAUCUCAGGCAUGGAUGAUGAUCUAUUACUAGACGCAUGUGAUUUUUUGGAAGAUGAGAGGAGGGCAAGAAUGUUCCUAGCAUUGGAUUCUAAUCUAAGGAAGAAGUGGUUAGUGAGAAAGCUUCAGCAGCAGUAGCAAUUUUUUUCAAACAUUUUUGGCCUUUAACAUAGUCUGAUUUACUGACAGACUAUAGAUUUAUUUAUUUAUAUACUUAGCAGAGCAUGGAAGUAUCUGCUUUUUGCUGCCAAAUAUUUUUGUCUUCUAUUCUUCUCUUGGGUGCUCUCUUUGGUAAAUGUAUAUAGAAAUUUGUUCCUAAUCUUAUUUCGGGAUUUAAUUAAAUCCCAAACCUAUUUCUAACGCCAACUAGGUCCUUGUUGUUGAAAAAUUUUCAGGUUCCCAAACUUAUUAGCAAUUUGUAUAGGAAUUUAGAAAGAAAACAGAGAAGUUAAUCAUGGCUAAGGUUAUGGCCACCAACAAAUUUGUUAAGACCAU